AUGUUUGCACUGAACACUCUGUUUUCCGUUCGUGAAUUUGACUCCUUCGCUGUCGAUGCAAUUCUUCACCUCAUACAGCCUCGGUUACGUCAACACUCGAUUCGCGGCGCUUUUACUGGAGGCGUUAAAAGGGUCCUAAUUUCACUCCCAAGACCGGAAAGUGCUGCUGGGCUUCACUUCGUGAGUGCGAAUGUAUUCCAGGGUGCUGGUUCCCACUUCUGCACUGGAGGACGGCACGAGGAGCACGAGUACGGACGCUCUACAGCUUUUCUGAUGUAUUUAGAAGAUGGGGUUAUCUCGAGUGAGCAGGCGGAAAUUUUUGGAUUGGCAUCGCAGCAGGAAGCUUUCAAUCCACCAGCCCACCAGCUAUCACUUGCUUCGGCCACAUCAAAUAAUGAUAGAUUUGAGACUCUACUGCUGCAAGUCAGCAUUUGUGUUGCUGCAGUGCUCGGGACUCAGGUAGCUUGCAACACACCGUUGAUGGCCGCCGGUGUCGAUUCCUUGGGUGCAACAGAGUUGCAGCGGGCACUGAGCAGAGAGUUUAGCGCCGUACUCUCGGCCACUCUUCUCUUUGAUCAUCCUUCGAUCGCAGGGAUAGCUCACUAUGUUGGCCAGGAAAUCCAGGCGGCAUCGCUGCAUAUGGGCGAAGCUGCUUGUUUCAAGAUGAAGAUGUGUCAAGCGCGAACAAUGGUGGCUAUGUGCGUCGCAAAGGACCCGCAAUUUGUUGUGGUUCUUCAAGGGGCAGACUCGGUACUAAGACUGCAAAAGGGCAUGCUUUCUGAGCGGGGUCGAUGCCACUCGUUUGAUGCCAGAGGAGACGGGUACUGUCGUGGAGAGGGGUCUGUUUCCAUCUGGUUGACUGUGGAUAACAAUGUGCGGAAUCUGAAUCCGCACCUCAUCUCCCUCGUCCAAAAUGCUCUGUACCUCGUCCCGCUUUGUGAUUCGACACCACUAUCUUCAGCGCCUCUUGGUUGA